GGGGGGUGCACAUGGGCCACGAGCCUAGAAGAUGACGUCCGCCGCCGUUGUGGCAUUUCCGGAAUCCGACCGAAACCAUCACCUAUUACCGAUCGCGCCGUUCGAAAUUCAAAGAGAUUGAUUGCCUUGCCUGGUUCUGUUGCAUAUUUGAUCCUUUGUCCUGCUCCUCACACGCAUCCGCCGUCCGAUUAUGCACCUAGCCCAUCACCUCGGUCACAACAGGUAACGCGCAGUUUAGUCCCGCUUGACCGCCUUGGACAGCGAUCGCCAUCGCUAGAACCACGACACCAGCGAAUCAAGUCGGUAGCGGAAUGCCGCCGGCGCAUGCAAGCCAUCAUGCCUCAAUGCCGGGGAUAUCGCCGCACCAACCACGAGAGGAUAGCGACGUCGUCCGCCCCAUCGCCCGGCCCCUGACAAGGAAAACGGACAAGCAGAGCUUCGAAUAUGUCUGGCGCUCCGGUGUCGCUGGCGGCCUUGCCGGCUGUGCUGGCAAGAGCGUGGUCGCCCCCCUCGACCGUGUCAAGAUCCUAUUCCAGUCCAACAACCCGCACUUUGCAAAGUACUCGGGCUCGUGGGCCGGCGUGGCGCAGUCGAUCCGCCUCAUCUACGGCCAGGACGGGCCCGCCGGCCUGUUCCGCGGCCACUCGGCCACGCUGAUCCGCAUCUUCCCAUACGCUGCCAUCAAGUUCCUAGCCUACGAGCAAAUCCGGUCCGUCGUCAUCCCGGACCACAAUCACGAGACGCCGCUGCGCCGCCUCGUCAGCGGCUCCCUGGCCGGCGUCACGUCCGUCUUCUUCACGUACCCGCUCGAGGUGGUGCGCGUGCGCCUCGCCUUCGAGACCAAGCGCGAGGGCCGCUCGUCCCUGACCGACAUCUGCCGCAAGAUCUACCAUGAGCACCCCGUGGCGCCACCGCCGCCGCCACACCCCCAUGGUGUCGCCGGCGCGGUAGAUGCGGCCCUAGCGGCAGCCUUGCCCAGACCGCGCGGCGGGCUGGCCAACUUCUACAGGGGCUUCUCGCCCACCAUGCUCGGCAUGCUGCCGUACGCGGGCACGUCGUUCCUGACGCACGACACGUGCGGCGACCUGCUGCGCCACCCGCGCGUGGCCGAGUGGACUACGCUCCCAGGGGGCGAGCAGCAGCAGCAGCGCGGCGGUGGUGGCCACCGCAGGCGCGCCCCGCUGCGGUCCUGGGCCGAGCUCCUGGCCGGCGGCGUGGCCGGCCUGGUCUCGCAGACGGUGUCGUACCCGCUCGAGAUCAUCCGCAGGCGCAUGCAGGUCGGCGGCGCCGUGGGCGACGGCCGCAGGCUGCGCAUCGCCGAAACGGCCGCCAUCAUCAUGAAGGAGAGGGGCGUGCGCGGCUUCUUUGUGGGGCUGACCAUCGGCUACGCAAAGGUUGUGCCCAUGGCCGCCGUGGCGUUUUACACGUAUGAAAAGAGCAAGACCCUGCUUGGGAUCUAGCGAGGGAGACAUCGUUUCUAUAUCUGUGGCUUGCUUUCUUCUUCUCCAUGCCCCCAGACACAUCUGGUCUCUUUCUCUUUUUUUCUUUCUUGAUAUCACGGUGGCAUUCUCCUGGAUUUCGAUACCUUUAUAUACACGGGACAACAUGGUUCCAAGGAGGGGUACAUUGGGCGCUCACGAUGGCGGCGAUUCUCUGGCAGUAUCACAUAGAAGGCAGUAU